AUGUGUGGCCCAUUCAAGGGCUGUCAGGGUAUUUUGCGCCUCCUGGAAAUAAUCUUCAGUGCUUUGGCGCUCAUCAUUGUCAUCUUCAGAGGCAGGAUGGUGAGUCCGUGGGGUGUCUGGUGUGAGUUUGUCUGGGUUUUCUGCAUCACUGUGCCCCUGGUCCUGACCGUGGUGGAGGCCAAAAUGUGGCACAUCCUUCUGGCCGUCUUCCUCCCCAACUGGGCUGACCUGACCUGCGGGCUGACCACCCUGUGUGCUGUGACCAUCACCUCAGCCACGGUCAUCUUUGCAGCCGUUUUUAUCUGCCUCUCCUGCAUCGUCAGCAUGUUGUGUUUCCUCUUCUCCCUGGUUGCCACCGUUAUCUUCCUGAUCGAUGCCGUAAUGCAAAAAAAGACAUUUCCAAGCGGCUACCUAUCCAGCCUGAGAGGAGGUCUGCGCACAACAGAGGCCUUUAUAGCCUGUAUCAUCCUCACUGCGGCCACUGACCACUUUGUGAACGGUGAAUGGUCCUUUCGGCCUUUUGGGAUGAUAUGCAGCAUCAUUGUGUUUGCCGUUUGCCUCCUGGUCACCGUGGUCAUCAUCGUUCUCCAUCUGCUCAAGCUACUGCAGUGUCUACUCUCGUUCAGGCUGAGUGUGAUGGAGCUUGUGUUCAACAUUGUGGCAGUGCUGUUGUACCCGCUCGCGGUCAUUCUGUGGUGCGUCUUUGGUUACAAACGCUCCAAGUACAAUCCUUACAUCUGUGAAAAGUGUUCCUUCGUGGACAUGAAUACUGUAAACAUUGGAGCCAUUGUCAGUCUGGUAGUUUACAUUGUGGACCUGGUUUUAUCCUUCAAAUCUCUCUAG